AUGAAAGAAAAACUUGAAAUUCCGUCUCCACCUACUUUUUCUCAAAUGAUGGAAGAUCUGGAAAUUAUGUCAUCAGAUGAAAAGAUUUUUAAAUUAUUACAAUUCGAACAAUUGGCAGAGCAAAGUAAACAAGACGAAACAACGAAUCAAAAUACAAUUGAACAGACUUAUCAACUUAUCAAUGAAUUUCUUGCUCGAUUAGAAACAUUACAACGUCUUGAUACAAGUUUAACAACUCAAAAUGAUACAACAAAUGAUCAACUUGAAAAAAAACUUAAAGAUAUUAUUGAACAGCUUCAAAUGUGUUUGAAUAAAUUACAAACUAACUCUUUUUCGAAUACAAAAACUCAAACAAAAAAACACAGAAUGCGCAAUGUAGCUAUAAUUGGUGGUGGUGUUUGUGGUUUAAUAUGUAUCAAAUGUUGUUUAGAUGGUGGUCUAUCACCAACAUGUUAUGAAAUGACAAAUGAUAUUGGUGGUCUUUGGAAUUACAAUAAUAAUUCAAUUGAUGGUAAAGCAAGUGUAAUGAAAUCAACUGUAAUUAAUACAUCAAAAGAAUUUAUGGCAUUUAGUGAUUAUCCUCCACCAAUUGAAUAUCCAAAUUAUAUGCAUAAUACAAAAUUAUUAGAAUAUUUUCGUAUGUAUGCAACAAAUUUUAAUCUUAUUAAAUAUAUUCGAUUUCAACGACGUGUUACACGUAUUCAACCUGCUGAUGAUUAUGAACAAACAGGUUGUUGGUUAAUAUAUAGUAUUGAUGCAGAAGAGAAAAAUAAUGAAACAUGUGAAAAAUAUGAUGCUGUUAUGUUAGCAACUGGACAUCAUGCAUAUCCAAGAUGGGCAAAUUUUCCUGGAUUAGAAAAUUUUAAAGGCAUGUAUUAUGAUGAUUAA